AGUCGAGCGCCCGAGCUCCUGUCCUCUGUUCGGAUUCGCUCGCCUGACGUUUCCUGCUAAUUAAUUUAGAAAGUGUUGUUGAUAUUUGACGAUUAUCGUUAACGAGUUUCGUGUUUGCUGUUCUUCUCUGGUUCGUACCAGGCUCGGCUGCGUUCGGACCGCGCUCUAUCCCGCGGCUGCUCGUUUAUAUUCGGCUCUUGUCGUUCGGCGGAAGAAUGGACGAAGCGGACUCGGCUACGAAGGCACUCGGGUUGGAUGAACCGCCCAUCGGCAUACCGCCGGGGAACGGCUCGGAUACCGAGUCGGAGGCCGAAGUCACCACGAUGGCCGUGAUGGGCGAACCGGGAAACAUCGACAUGGGAGCCGAAUCCCUACCGAACCCAGACGAGGCCGAGGCGGCAUUCGCAGAGGUGACUGCUGUGACAGUGGCAGGUGUUCAUGCUGCAGACGACAACGUUUUUACCACAACGGUUGCCACGUCAGGAAGUCUCCCUGAACAUAUGCUGAGUGGGAGGACAACCCUCCAGCUGGGUGAAGGUCUCAGCACCCAGAAGGCCACUUUGAUUGUAGUUCACACUGAUGGCAGCAUCGUGGAGGCUGCUGGCCUCAAGUCUGCUGCGGCCAUCGCAUCAGGCCGGCAGACUCCACCCACACCGCUGACUCCUCCCCAGGACAAAGACUCCUGCUCCAAGUACAACUGGGACCCCUCAGUCUACAACAACGAGCUGCCGGUCCGCUGCAGGAACACUAGUGGAGUCCUCUACAAGAACCGACUGGGAUCAGGGGGUAAAGGUCGCUGCAUCAGACACAACCAGCAGUGGUUCACUCCCACUGAGUUUGAAGGUCUGGCGGGAAGAGCGAGCAGCAAAGACUGGAAGAGGAGUAUCAGAUACGCUGGCAGACCUCUGCUGUGCCUCAUACAGGAGCGUAUCCUGAACCCCCAUGCUGCUUCCUGUACCUGUGCAGCCUGCUGUGAUGACCUGACAGGGUGUCCAAAGGAAGCAGACACUGUGGUAGCAGAAAACAUCAGUAUGACUGGUCCAGUCCGCCUCUUCGUCCCUUACAAAAGACGGAAGAAGGACACCGAGCCUCCGGUCAGCCCCCCCAAAAAGGAACUUCCUGCCACCAAAAACAUCACGCUGACCCCGGGAGCCACAUUCACAGUGUCCCCGUCAGGACAGUUCACCACCUCCGGCACCUUGACCUUUGACCGCACUCCAACGGGUGAUGCUGCCGCCGCCGCCGCCGCUACCAUUAUCUCAGAAGGGUCAGCGCCAAGCGAGGUGUUUGCCAGCACAGCAGUUUUGACUACGUUGCCGGCGCUGGCCAUGUCUCCCCAGCCCGUUCAGGCCAAGAUGACAAUGGCGGCGGCUUCUCCGUCGGCAGGGCUGGUGAGCGGGCUGGAGGUGGGGCCUGUAGGGGGGGCAGGGGGGACGAUCAGCGAGGGACAGAAGAACACCUGGCUGUACUUGGAGGAGAUGGCCAACACGCUGCUGAGCAACGUCCAGCAGCUGAAGGCUCUGAUCGAACAGGCCAAAAACUGUGGAGGGGACACCGCAGGGGUCAGAUAUCAGGGAGGCAGGAAGGAGUGUGGUCUCAGUCCGUCAUUUCAGAACCAGAUCUCGUUUCAGCAGUCGGACGACUCGGAAGCCAAGAGAAGCUCUGACCUCACAGAGAUCAUCAUUAAUCAGAUGUGUGUGAACUGUGGUCGGGUGGCGAUGAGUGAGUGUACAGGCUGCCACAAAGUCAACUACUGCUCCACGUUCUGUCAGAGGAAGGACUGGAAGGAUCAUCAGCACACCUGCUGUCAGUCUGCAGGAGGCGUGGCCAUUCAGGAGGAGGAGCCAAUGACAGCCAUGGACAUGGACAAAGUGAAAUGAAGGUGUCCGCAGUCUGCAUGAAAACAUGAGCGGCAUGUCAACGAGCUCCUCGGACAGGACGCCCUUAUGUGGGCAAAGAUGAGAUUAUUUUUAACACAUCUUUUGUGGAGACUUAAAAUCUCGUCUCUGGAGCCGCUUUUGUGAAAGUGUCUCCUCAGGACGGCAUGAAAAGUCAAGUCUCUGGUCUCCUGAGAGUUGAACUUUAUGUAUAAUACCUGCACUGACUUUAUAUUUGUAUGGAGAAGGUGGGUGUCUAGUGGAUGUUGGAGAAACAGAAGCGCAACCCUGAACAAAAUUCAUAUUUCAUUAAUUAUUAAAAAAUGAUUUCACUACCAGUAUAUUAUGACGAUUAAAGGUUGAAAAGAUUGUAAAAAGCUAUAUGGCACUGCUGAUUUUCAUUAUAGAUUAAUCUGUCAAUUAUUUUCUCAAUUAAUUUAGUUAAUUAUAUACCAUUGUGAUGAUUUUUAUUUCUCAUCUUCCCUCAGUGACUGUUAUCUCUCAGUUGUUUUUUUUUAUUUCUGUGCCAUUUUAACUCUUGAUAAACGGAUUUAAAUCUACAGAGACUGUCCUGCUUAAAUAAAGGUCAGACAUGUCGAUAAAAUGAAAGAUAAUAUUAAAUUAAACCCACCCUACCAUGACCACUUCUUCGACAUGAAGGAUCUGUUGUUCACGCUUAAUGGCAUUUUUUAAUCUUAUGAUUCAUGAUGAAUUGUGACCUGAUUUUGUUGUCUGGAUCAAAACCUCCUCAUGUUAUAAAGGUUUUUCUUUGUGGGGUUUUCUUCCAGUGAAAACACAGUUUUUAUUUUCACGUUAUGUGAACGUUUCAGUUUAUGUCUGUUUUCUAUAGAAAGUCCUGGAAGAUACUUUGUACAAGAUCUUGUGUGUUCAAGAAAUGAUCAUCUUUCAGGGUUUUGAAGUUUUGUAUUUUUCUGUUUUAAAUGGAAGCUCAGAAUGACAGAAACUAAACUCUUGCAGCAGUUAAGUGUGCAGAGUUUGCAUGCUGUAUGGCAACCAUGACAGAAAUCAGAGCAGUUGAAUGCCAUCAUGUGAUUGGUGCAUGACCCACCCAUUUGAUGUUCGACCUUUUUUUUUUGACAGAUUUAUAGGGAAAUCCUGUAGUUUGAGUAAAAUGGACAUUUCCAUUUAAUUUUAGUUAGAAAUUAACCAUAUUCUGAACAGAAUUAACAUUUUAAAGUCCAGUUUGCAAAAUGUAUCUUGCCAAAAGAGUUUACAUUUUACUUUUGUUCUCCCCAUCUACUAAACUGCUGAACUAAAUAAAAUAAAUUAUUCAUUAAGA